AAUCUUUAAAGAACUUUUGGAAGAAAAAAUGUUUGAUAAAUUUUUGGGGGAGCUCAUUAUCCCUUCUCCAUUUCCUCUCCUGCCCUUUGUCCCUCUACUUUAGUAUAUUUUGUUUGGAGAAGCCGGAAUGUAAUUGGUUAAAAUCCGCCUACACACAAACGCACUCUAGGAAGUUCUUGAAAACUAAAUAAAUUUGCAACUAAAUUAUUUAACGUCCGAUUUCAGUUUAGUUGUGAUACUCUGUUGGUGAGGAACAGGUCAGAUCAAAACUACCAUAACUGUGAACAGCUUGCUUAAUUUAAUUUCGUUCAACUUUUUCUACUGAGUUACUAACCAGGCUUGCAAAAGAUAAGGAUGGAGUCAGAACGUUUUUCUUUACCUGCUAGCGAAGGUUCAUUUUUACAAAAUCCAGUUGAAAUGACAGCAUCGAAAAUCUGGGAGAAAAUUCGUCUGAUUAUGGACCGGAUUUACUCAGAAAAUCCUAUGGACAACCGGCGUUUCCAGGAAAUAGACGAUCGAAUCGAGGACUGUUUGGGAUCCAUGAUUGAGCUCAAAGUGGCGGGAAAUUUCACACCGAAAAUAGUCUUCGGUAUAGUGAAUAUAAUUAACGAGGCACUCAAGAGCUACGUGAACAACUACGUCAUACAUGUCUUUGAAAGCUUCGAUGAAUUGGAAGGUGAAGACCUUAAUUCUUCACACGUUCUCCUAUCUUCAUACAACACGAAGUGGGAAGCAUACAAACAAAAAAACCGAGAGCUUCACAAUGCCUUCGAGAGGAUGAAAAAUAUUUUGUUGCACGAGUUUAUGAACCAUAUGUUGAUAUAUGAGUUUAUAGACCGUCUCUGCGUACGAGAAGCUUCACAGCUUGAUAAAAAUUCAUUUAUCGAUGUUUUCAAGCCCUCUUUUCUGAUCUGGCGAAACGUUUUGCUUGCCGGGGAGAAUAAUUUAAUGAUCGUAAACGCGGCGCUGCAAUUGAUCGAAGCUGAGCGCGACGGGUUGGAGAUAAAUACCAGCCUGCUCUCGGAGGUGGUGCACAGCUACAUCGAGCUUGGAGAACUCGACAGGAACGAUUCUGACGACGGAUCGGUCUUGAGCUUUUACGCGGAAGCCUUCGAGAAAUUUUUCCUGGAGGACACCAGGCACUAUUAUCGCCAAGAAGUCAACUUUCUUUCAACGAACAUCGUCGAAAUUGACUAUUGGACCAGAGUUCAGCAGCGGUUCGUCCAAGAAAAAGCGAGGGUGAAACUCUAUCUCCACGAAUCGACGGAAGAGAAGCUGAUUACCCUCUGCAAGAACGAGCUAACUCCUAAAUACUUGGAGGAUCUCAUUUCUGCGUUCCACCUGUAACUCAGUGAGUUAGUCAAAUUUGAGGCUAGAUAAAAAAUUAUUUCUUGUAAAGAAUUUUAAUUUUUUUUAAACGGUUAA